AUUAUUUUAAAAUGAAACGUCUAUUUCACUUGUACCGAAAAGAGUUUACUAUUCCUCGCAGAAAAAUACAUCACCCAUAAGGCAUUGCCAGAUUUGCGGAAGUCCUUUUCUUUCUUUCCGCCGUCGCCGAAGUCCCUUUUGGAUUUAGACCGGCGGUCAUCAUGGCAGCCCUCAGGCCCCUAACAAAACCCAAGAUUGUCAAGAAGAGAACCAAGAAGUUCAUUCGCCAUCAAUCUGAUAGAUAUGUCAAGAUUACGCAAAACUGGCGCAAGCCCAGAGGUAUUGACAACAGGGUUCGCAGGAGGUUCAAGGGUCAGAUGCUGAUGCCCAACAUUGGUUAUGGUAGCAACAAGAAAACCAAGUUCAUGCUGCCAUCUGGGUUCAAGAAGUUCCUGGUGCACAAUGUCAAGGAGCUGGAGGUUCUGAUGAUGAAUAACAAGACUCACUGUGCUGAGAUUGCCCACAACGUCUCUUCCAAGAACAGGAAGCUGAUUGUGGAGAGAGCAGCUCAGCUGGCAAUCAAGAUCACCAACCCCAAUGCCAGGCUCAGGAGCGAGGAGAACGAAUAAACUGGUUGUUCAUAAUAAACUCUUUAAAAUCAAAAU